UCCUGAGUAGCAGUAGAAAGUUAGCUUAGUGUAUAGAGGAGGGUGAUUCGCGAUGAGAAGCUCCUUUGAAACUAAUUAAACAUGGGCUGCUGCUUCAGUAAGGAGUUGAGUAACAGCACGAAUGAGGAGAAAACUGGCCUGUUACAAAAACCUGUGGAAGAGGAAGCCCCAGACUCAAGGAUAAGUAAAACUUUAUCUUCAAUUUUAGGAGCUGUAGAAAGGAAGAAUCUGCGUACAGUGGGAAGGACAGUUAAUGGGGAAGCUGCGGUAGCCGGCAUUGAAUGCGUUCGUACCGAUGAUUGCGCAGUGUUAAAUUCUGAAUCCGGGCCCCGGGAUAGAAAAGCAAAAUAUAAGUCGUAUGAAAGUAUGGAGAAUAGUUCCUGUGAGAGCUCUAGGAGAGCACAUGACAGACCUUCUAGCUUUUUUAAUUCCUUUAGUCACCUUCCGAAGGUCUCGGGUACAGGUGAAAACCUACAGAAAAGCGAACAAAAGAAAAAUGAGGUGAUUAAAAAAAAUGCGUCUGAAAAACCUAAGAGUAGUCAGCACAUGAGCAAUAUAGAAAAUAGCAGUAACAGUAAUAAUGAAAAUGUAGACACGGAAGAGCAUUGCUCGUUUGGUCACAUUUCUACUUCAUGUAUACCAGCCAUCAUUGACAGAGGCUUACAGGAUGAAAUUUCCUUAAAUAGAAAUUUCCUUGAUGAUUAUGCAUGCAACCAUUCAAUACAGAACACAAUGAUAGUUAAUGUUGAAGACAACGGGAGUGACAGCCUACAAAAAGCUUCAGGUUCACUUAGGCAGAUGUCUCCAACCUUUUCUUACCUUGAUGCAGACAACAAACAUACAAAAGAGAGGGAGUUCUACAGUAUUUGUGUUGUAGAUGCUGAAGAUCUUAGAGGUGAUGAAGAGGGGCCAGCUACCAUGCAUGAAAAGACUGCAGCAGACGUAGAUAACUCAGCUGUUACUGAUGAAGGAAUGCACAGCAUGGCAUGGCCUCUAGACAGGGAGAGGGAAUUUCCAGUGCAGCAAUCAGCACAAGUGGAAGCUAAGCUUAAUUCACAGAAAGAACCAUCUGUGUAUAAAAGUGAGGAUAGAUCAGAUGUGCAGAAUAAGGAAACAGGGGAAUAUUGUAGCACGGUCGUCCAGUCUUACAAUAGCUCACUGACUGACAAAUGUCAGAUGCACAGAUUAAAUGUGGACAGUGUAGUAACAAAUGGUUUAAGAGCAGAAGUGUGCAAUGAAGUUAUCCCUGAGGGUCAACAAGAGGAGAAAUAUAACACAUGUAAUGGUGUCAGUUGGAAUGAAUCAUUUUGUAGAACUUGUGAUUCUGUAAAAACUGUGGAUUCUGCUGGAGAGGACCAAUACAGCCCUGAUUCAGAAAACUUGAAACGUGUUUGUGAUUGUAUUUCCAGUAUAUCGUUACAAACUGAAGCAUGCAAUUCAGGAAAAACUGAGGGAGAUAAUAAUUCUGAUUUUGUACUGAAUGGUUUAAACUUACACCCCUCAGGUGUUGUAAACAGUAAACAAGUGGUAGAGAAUACAAGGGAUAAUAUUAAAUUAUUAGAGUUGCAUGAAACAAACAGUGAUGCUUUUUUGACGAGUCAAAGUGCAGAAAAAAAUGGUGAAGAAUGCUUCAUCCUAAAGCCAGGAAGUAAAGAAAAGCCAUAUGUGGAAAAGAGAACAUUGCAAAGCAUGUGUUAUGAUAGCCAGAAUCUUGCACCUGGCUCUGGUGAACAUCACAGCGUUUUGGAAGAGUUCUUGAAAGAUAAAGAGAAAUGCACAGGUACAGUUCUGCUUAACCUUGAAACUUUGAAUAUGACUGAAAUGCAUGAAAGCUUGGAAGAAAGUUCUGAUUUUCAAACUCAAAUUAAGGGUUGUACUGAAAGCAAGGUGCCAGCUGAAGUGGUGUCCCUACAGAGCAUUGAGGAAGAUGUCUGUAUGAGAAGCACCAAGGUAAAAGACAGUGUGCUUGAAGAAGCUGGUAGCUUCAGCAGAACUCGGUCGUGGGAGUCAGCCAAAGUUUCUGAGUUAAAUCCUAAUGCAAAGGUGUGGGGAAAUCAUAUGUUACAUUUGGAAGCAAGUGGUGCCACUGAUGGUAGUGUGAACAAAACGUGGGAAGAAAUACCUGACCAGCCUCCAGAUUCAUGUAAAGAAGGACUGGAUGCUAAAGGAGAUGGCGACAAAAAGCAUCAGAAUGCGGUGCUGACAGAGCUGCAGGAGUCAUCGCCAGCUGUUUUGGUGUCAGACCAGACAGAUAUGAACUCUUUGGCUCUUGAUCAUUCUGAGUAUGAGUCUAUGCACGAAACCGCUCAGACAGGUGGAAAUGAACAAUUGCUGCCAGAAGGUCAGGAAGAUCUACGAGAAUUACUGAAAAAAACACUGGAAUUUUGCUUAUCUAGAGAAAAUCUUGCCAGUGACAUGUACCUUAUAUCACAGAUGGACAGUGACCAGUAUGUGCCAAUAAUGACAGUAGCAAACCUUGAUCACGUCAAGAAACUCAGUACUGAUAUGGAUUUGAUUGUUGAAGUGCUGAGAUCGUUGCCUUUAGUCCAAGUGGAUGAGAAGGGAGAGAAAGUUAGGCCAAAUCAGAAUCGCUGUAUUGUGAUUUUACGUGAAGUUCCUGAAUCUACCCCCAUUGAAGAGGUUGAAGCACUUUUCAAAGGUGAUAAUUUGCCUAAGUUUAUCAACUGUGAGUUUGCCUAUAAUGACAACUGGUUCAUCACAUUUGAAUCAGAAGCCGAUGCACAGCAGGCUUACAGAUACCUUAGAGAAGAAGUGAAAACUUUCCAAGGAAAACCCAUUAAGGCAAGGAUAAAAGCAAAGGCAAUAGCUAUAAACACAUUUUUGCCAAAGAAUGGAUAUAGACCUCUGGAUAUGAACAUCUACACGCAGCAGCGUUACACAACAUCCUUUUACUUACCUCCAGUAUACAGUCCCCAACAGCAGUUUCCAUUGUACAGUUUAAUUGCUCCACAGACCUGGUCAACCACGCACAGCUACCUUGACCCUUCAUUGGUAACGCCAUUUCCAAAUACUGGAUUUAUCAAUGGGUUCACAUCUCCAACCUUCAAACCUGCUGCUUCUCCUCUGACUACACUCAGACAGUACCCUCCCAGGAACAGGAAUCCUAGCAAGUCCCAUAUACGACAUACAAUACCCAGUGCAGAAAGGGGACCUGGGCUUCUAGACAGUCCUACCAUAUUCAACUUUUCUGCUGAUCGUUUAAUCAAUGGCGUCAGGAGUCCACAGACGCGGCAGCCAGGACAAAACAGGACACGGAUGCAGAGUGCUACCACGAGUUACACCAAGAGGGAAGUAGGAACUGGGCGGAUGGAGCAGAGCAGCGUUGACUCGUCUCCUGGUUUAGGUCGAGGAAGGAAAAACUCAUACGGCUACCGAAAGAAAAGGGAGGACAAGUUCACAAGAGGCCAAACACAGUCUCCACCACCCCCAAAACCUCCAUCUCCUAGCUUCGAAUUGGGUUUAUCUAGCUUUCCUCCAUUACCUGGGGCUGCUGGCAAUUUAAAGACCGAAGACCUUUUUGAAAACAGACUGUCCAAUGUGGUAAUAGGAACGUCAAAAGAAAGAAACAUUAAUGUGGAUGCAAGUACAAACACUACUCCAUCGGGAAUUCCUCGCGAGCCACUGUUGCCAGCUGCUUCUACAUUGCCCAGGACGUUUGAAAGGUCUCCUUCACCACCCCAGUCUUCGGAGGAUUCCAAGGUUGUGGAUAAACAGCAGAGAGAGACACAGAGUACAGAAAGGCUUUCUUCUUCCACACUCAGUACUGCAUGUAAAUCGGUACAAGUCAAUGGCGCUGCCAUAGUUUCACAGGAACUGAGAAAACCUAGUUACGCAGAAAUUUGCCAGAGAACAACUAAAGAUCCUCCUACAUUGCAACCACAGAAAGAACAGAAGCCAAACACUGUAGCAUGUGGGAAAGAAGAAAAAAAGCCCACAGAAACAAUAGAGAAAAACAGAGAACCUCCUCCUGCAAAGUCACAUCCAGGACAACCCAAAGACCAGAGAAGACAGUCAGGACGCAGAUCGUCCCCUCCCGCUGUUGGCAAACGCUUAAAUAAAGAACAGAGUACCCCUCCGAAAUCUCCUCAGUGAAACCAGCACCUGGGAGGGAUUCAAAGAGGUCUGCUUCCCACAAAUUAAACCCAUGUUCCCACUAAGAUACCUGAGAAUGAGUUGCUGGUUAGGAGCUUGCAGUGAUACUAGGCAUAUAACAAUGCCUGCAAGUUAUUUUUCUGUGAAAUACUUUUUCCCCUCUUGAACAAACAUUCUAUUUUUUCUGGAUAUUUCUGGAUAGUUGUUCUAAACCUUACAUUUAGGUUGGUGCUUAAUUGGAGGUGAAGCUUAGUGUGAUUAUUUUUUUCAGGAUGUAAAAUAUUUGUCUUUAAAAAAAAAAAAAAAAGCGACUUUUUCUUAAGCCUCUCUGUGGCUGUGUGAGUGCAAGCUCUGUAUAGUGAGUUUUUUCUAAACUGUUAAGCAGAAAUGUGCUGCUGCAAUAUUUUUAAUAAACUGGUCUGCAAGUACAUAUCUAAAGUGUCCAAAAGAUUGAUAACGGCAGCUAGUGUGUAGACUGCAAGAAGUAGGUAUAUUUUACAAGUUGGUAUGUGACCUUGAUUUUUUUUAUUAGGCUGCUGUACUAAAUGUCAGCAAAUGAACUUGCACUUUUAGGUUAAACAAGUAGUUGUUUCUAGCUUUUUUAAAAACCUAAUCUUUUUUGAUGUUUUGCACACACAGAAUGAAUCCCACGGAGCACCAUGGCAGUCUUUCUAAAACACUUUCUGAUUUUGACUUACUGCAAGCAAGUAACCAUCUUCUCACUCCAGAAUAAAACUGAUAAUAUAAUUUGCAAAUACAAAGCACAUUGUGAAUAGAAAGAACUAAGUCUGUGAGCUUCUAUGGUGGUGAAGCCUACUAGUGGAUGUUAUCAGAAGAAAGCACUGUAGCCUUCUUGUGAUAACCCUAGCUUCCCUGUGCUUGUAAGGGAGUUAACUGAGUCAGCGCUGUACGUUCUGGUUACCCCUGUGCUCUGUGUAGACUUUUUCUUUUUUAAAUUCUGCCCCAAGUGCUCUUUGAAAGAGUUCAUAUCUUAGUCAGCUUCGUGUUGACGCCUUCCUGUAACUACAAGCAUUGGCAUAUAGAUUGAAAUUUUUCAAGAUGUGAGAUAAUGGUGUUUGUUUUGUGUGGUGGAGGAAGAGAUCCCUGAUACUUACCUCUGGGAUGAGGUUUCUCACACUUAUUUACUUUAGAAGUGAUGCGCUUUCUGAAGGACAAGGAUGCACUAAAUUAGCAAGUUUCUAAUAAAGUUGAAUAUAAAUUAUUUUUGUUUCAAAAAUGCCUAAAGCUUUUCUUUAAGUGUUUAAACUGCAGGAAGUCCAGACUAAACUCAUUCCUGCUGACUAUGACAGUACAGUUUAUUCCACAAAAAUGUUUAUUUAAACAACUGAUUUUUUUAAGAAUUAUUUCCAUCCAAUAUUUAAAGACUUGAAUUUUAUUUAAACUUGAAAAUGACUUUGCCUUAACUUUUGUACAAGACAGCUUAGAGUUAAUGAGGUCUGACCCCAUUGAGGGUUAGCGUGAGUGGAAUACAGAAUUACUCAGUUGCAGUAUGUAUCUAUUGUCACUGGUCUUACUGGGUAAACAUACUGUAGUACAGGAACUAGCAGCAGUUUUUGUAAUAUACCUUAAAGAUCUUAAACAGUUGAUCUUUUUCAGAUUGUUGAAAAAUCUGUAAAUGCAAAUAGUCAAUACUGUAUUAAAUAUGUGCACUUGGAAGUGUGUGCUUUGCUUGUACAGUUGUAAAUAAUCAGAACAUAUAAAAAGGUACCCUAAAGAAAAAAUCUGAUAAAAAUUAUUGAUAUUAUAAAUGUUGCUGUUGAGCUGGAUGUAGAUAAACUAAAUGUUGUGGUUUGAAUAUUACUUUAAUUUGUUGUUUUUUCUUUUCCUUAUUUUAUUCUGGUGUGCUGAACUGACUCUGCCUCUUCACUGCAAAAGGGAAAUGGAACGAAAGUCUUAUUUGAAAGCCCUCGAGUGUUUUCCGAACCCUCUAAAAAGUGAUUUAACCAAUUCAGAAGUGUUCUGCAAUGUAAAUAGUGGAUCUUAGCAGAAGUUGUAAUUUUAAGUCAUUAAUAAAAAAUGAAAUGGAAUUGGGAAAAAAACUUUAGACUGCUAAGAAGAAUGUACACUGAGGCUUACUUGUCUGCUUUCAAGAAUAUCAGUGCUUUCCUCAGCGUAUGAUUCAUAGAACUGUAAAGUAACUCUAGAGGUAACUUCUGACAAAUUUCCUGUUAGGAAUCAACCAGUAACUAGUUGACCUUUAAGUCCAGCCUGUUGUAUGCUGCGGAAUUGGUUGAAAUAGGGCACGCUGGAACCCAUUGAUUUUCCUUGUUUAAAAAGCACACUUUGUGAAUGCUGUGGAAGGAGAUAGGACUCUUGACAACAUCACCAAAACAGCUCAACUAGUUCUGUCAUUGGAUUUUGAUGCGCUUAUCCUUUCCCGGUGGCAGUGAAAGUGGUAGCUAGAUUUGUGUAUGGUUAAGGCUGGCUGUAUGGUUCGUUUUGUUUGUCUGCUGAAAGUGAAGGGCUUACCAGCUGCAAACAAUCACAGGUGGUUACUUACAGACUGUGUACAGCUAGUCGUAAUGCUCAACUGGUACAUAAGGUAAUCUCUUGAGACCAGCAGGAUGUGUUGUGCUGUUCUAAUGUAUUCUGCUGCCAUUUGUGCUAGGUCAACACACUGUAAUUACUGCUUACCCAGCAACAAUCUGUUGCAUCGAAAGUUUAAAUCUUCCUCUGACGUGGUUUUUAUAGCUUUUAAAAAAAAAAAAAGAAAAAAAAAAAGAAAAAAAGAAAAAGUGACAUGCCAAAUAGCUGUGUAAUGUACAACUUAUCCUACUGCGUUUUACUUUGGAGAUUUUUUUUCCACUGGAUGACAAAAUGGGGUUUUCGGAAUAGAGUUGUGAAGUUGCAUGCAGACUGUUGCUACAGUGUAUAGCGAUGUUAAGAUGUGGCUUUUAAAUGGAAAAACCUCCCAAAAGCAGUAGCUGAGUUAAAGGUCUGAGGAUACAGUAAUUAAAAUUGGCAUUUUACGGUGUAGGAUUAUGUGGUGCUGCUUUUCGUUUUGAAAGCAAGUUAAAUGGGAUCUGAGACUCUUCAAGGAAUGAAAAGAAAAUAAAACCAACAAAAGUUGCUUUUUAAACUUAAAUCUUGUUUCAGACCAGAGACCCCCUGCUGACAUUUGUCACUUGCCACGUGGCAAUGUUUUAUGUUGCUGCAUUAUCCUUUUAAAGACUUAAGCAGUUGUCACAGAAAGGCCCUUGAGUGUGGUGCAGUGUAUCACAAGCAACAGCUGACUGUAAUGGUGCAUACCUAUCUCUGUAUCUCCUUCAGCUAGUGCAGUUAGGGAUUUCAUGUGCUUUGUAACCUAUUACACUAAUAGCAGCAGACAAUCGAAGAUUUCCAAGGAGACCUAACAGCUGCCAAUUCGUGAAAUACAAGUGUAAUAUGGAAGCCUUCUUGAGGGUUUUUGUUUUUGUUCUUCUUCCAUUAAGACUGGAAUCAAGCUUACAUGUAAACUAUCGGUAAUUUAAGUUUCCUUUUGUGUCAUAAAAUGUAAAACUGUCUAAUUUGAAAAAAAAAAAAAAAUGUAGGUUAUGAAAAAUAAAGAUUUAGGCACUGUUGAA